AUGAGGCCAUCCUUUCUUUUCUUUAGAUCUGAUCUGAUGAUUAUUUUCUCAUGGAAUUGUAGAGGGGCAGCGAGUCAGUCCUUCACUCGCACCCUUAAGGAAUAUCUGAGAAUGCAUAAACCUGAUCUGGUCAUCCUACAGGAAACGAGGUGUAGUGGAGAUACUGCGCGCCGCACUAUUGAUAGAAGUGGGUUUGCCUUUAGUCAUGUGCAGGAUGCCAACGGUUUUAGUGGAAGAAUUUGGAUUAUUUGGAAUGACCUAAAUAUCUCUGUUAAAGUGGUUAGAUCUUGUGUGCAAUUCAUACAUAUGGAGGUAACUCAUGGAAACAACCAUAGCUGGAUGCUAACAGCAAUCUAUGCGAGCCCACAAGAAAGGACUAGAAGGAGUUUAUGGUCAGAGUUGAGAACUAUAGCGACAUGUAUGUCCAAAGCUUGGCUCCUUGUAGGGGAUUUCAAUGAGAUUAUGUGCGCCUCGGAAAAGAAGGGUGGGGGACGAACAGACUUACAUGCUUGCGCAAAAUUUAAAAAAUGGAUAGAUGAUUGUUGUUUGAUAGAUUUGGGAUACAUUGGGCCAAAUUUACUUGGAAGGGCCCUAUCUGGGAAGGGAUGGAACGUGUUUUUAAAAGGUUAG